GUCUUAAGCGCUUGUUUCGUUUCGAAUGAUGUCGACUCGAGAAUGCCAGCAAAACAUUCGAGUAGCGGUUCGUUGUCGGCCUAUCAAUAAGCAGGAGCUGGAAAAGGCCGUGCGGUCAUGUGUGGAAUGUAGCCGGGAAAAAGUAACAGUCAGGGAUAAAAGUAUGUCAAAGGUUUUCACCUUUGAUCAUGUCUUCAAUCAAUACUCGAAGCAAAUCGACGUCUACAAAAGUAUGGUUGCUCCAAUGAUUGAGGAAAUAAUUUUGGGCUAUAAUUGCACAAUUUUCGCGUAAACUUUAAUGCAUCUAAUUAACCUUUAUAGUUACGGUCAAACAGGUAGUGGUAAAACAUUUACGAUGACUGGUGAAAGGUCUGACAAGCUUCGUUAUGAGUGGGAAACGGAUCCACUCGCAGGGAUUAUUCCUCGCGCCCUAAGUCACUUGUUUGAAACUUUGCAAUCAAAUGGUUCUGACUUUUCUGUUCGCGUAUCUUUCCUAGAAGUUUAUAAUGAGGAGUUAUUUGACCUUCUCUCUGCCAGUGAGGAUGUCACACGUUUAACAAUAUACGACGAUGUAAACCGCAAGGGCUCUGUUAUUGUCAAAGGCCUUCGGGAGGUAGUGGUUUUGGACAAGGAUGACGUUUACAGUGUUAUUGAGCGAGGAAUAGCUAGGCGUCAAACUGCUUGUACUCUUUUAAAUGCUCAGUCCAGGUACGUGGGAUUUGUCUCUUACUUUUAGUCGCUCGCACUCUAUUUUCACGGUUACUGUCCAUAUAAAGGAGAUAAAUGCGAUUACUAGUGAAGAAUUGCUGCGUAUUGGAAAAUUGCACUUAGUAGACCUUGCUGGCAGUGAAAAUGUUGGGAGAUCAGGUGCUGUUGAAAAGCGAGCACGUGAGGCCGGAUCAAUCAAUCAAAGUUUACUAACUCUGGGUCGUGUAAUAACUUCACUUGUGGAACACGCUCCUCAUAUACCGUAUAGAGAAAGUAAACUUACACGUUUGCUACAGGUAACCAAGACCUUCAUUGUCUUCAGUUUUUUUCCAGUUAAAAAUCAUAAUUUAACUUCUAUUGUGUAAAUUGUUCGAGAAAGCUACAGAUAGACCUUUUGUACACCAGUGAAUUAUCAGUAUGUACAAGGAUAUGCAUUUAAGCACUUUAGGUGUUCGAUGCCUCUACAUCUCAGUUUUAUGUAUAUACCCAGUAAACGGUUUUUUCAGGACGCAUAAUUUUUUCUAUGACUUUCGGACUAGAAUAUGCAAUCCAAAAGACCAUGUGCCCAUCACUAUUGAAUCUUGCCAAAAGGAUAAAGUAACAUCUUGUUAGUUUUCACUUAACUUUUGCUCUGAAUUGUGUCCAAUUUCGGUUAAGCAGUUUCAAUAGAUUACGUGAAGUAUUGUGUUGUAGAAUUAUUAGAUUUACAGUAUUGGUUGUUCCAUAGGCCCUAACCGGAGAAUUAUUUAGGCUACAGAUGAUUCACUUUUUUGUAUGACUGUCUGUAAAUAGGCAGUUACAUGGUUGUUUAUCUCAAUAUCUUUCCUUCUGAAUAAGAGGUCAAAAGCAGUUCCUCAAACAAUCUACUAAGGCAUGUGAUAGGUGGUCUUGUCACCUGUCUACAUAGGUCGUGUAUGUCUAACCGUGCCCGGUUAUUUUAGGACUCACUUGGAGGACGUACCAAAACCUCAAUAAUUGCCACUAUAAGCCCUGCUAUGACUUCUUUGGAAGAAACCUUGUCAACUCUGGACUAUGCUCACAGAGCCAAAAACAUUGAGAACCGACCUGAAAUUAACGCGAGACUUAAUAAAACUGAUUUGGUGAAGGGCUAUAACGAAGAGCUAGAGCGUUUACGUCGUGACCUUGAAGCUGCAAGAACGAAAAAUGGAAUUUUCGUAAAUGAGGAAAACUAUCAGAUGUUGCAGUCUCAACUCGCCCAACAAAGAAUUCGUAUAUGUGAACUUGAAGAAAGACGAGAAAUCUUGGAAGAGGAAAUCGCUCAAGUUCAAGAAUUAUUCACUGUUACUCAGGAAGAACUCAGUGAAACUCGGAUGCGUAAGGAAGAAGUGGAGAAUGAGUUAAUUGCUUAUGGAAAAGAUUUAGAAAAUCUGCGCGUGCGUUUUUUGAAAUUAAAAAUGCGUUAUGAAGAAACGGAUUAUUUACGCCAAGAACACAAGAAAACGGAAUCACGUCUUCAUGAACAGGCAAAAUCAUUAUUAUCAACAACUGAUUCGGCCGUUUGUGAUGUGAAUGGUCUGCAUCAAAAACUGGUUCGCUUAUCUGACCUUGAUAAAGAAAACCGUGAACGUCUGCAUACAUUGCAUAGUAGUUGGUUGCCUGAGCGUCUGACCCCAAUAGCACGUGACCUUCAAACGCUUGCUACACAAGUGAAGGACUUCUGCCUAUUUGUUCAGGAUAGUACAAGUAAUUUAAAGGAGAAAGUCAUGCUGUCUACUUGUAAUGCAGUCAGGGUGCAACGAGAAAUGGUAAAAAAACUACGAACUUUCCUGGCCGAUGAGUGUAUCACCGCCGCCAACCAAAUUAACAAAUUUGCUGAAGAACAAGCUACUGAAGCAAAGACUGGUCGUGAUACUAUCAUAGUUCCACAGUUUGAAUGUCUUCAGAAACUUGUUACAUCUCUGUCUAUCGGUGCAGAUGAACUGGAUCAAUGUUUGCUCAAUCAGUUUGAUGCUUACCAAAUAUCAAAUCAAGAAUUGGAUUAUGCUAUCAAGCAACUAGAUAAUUUCGCUUCAUUGUCCUCUGGUUUUGUGCAUGAUGAAAUGAAACAUGACACGGCUAUACAAAAUCAAAUGGCUUCUUAUAGAACACAGUAUGGAAAUCUGCUUAAUGAAUUGGAAUCCACAACUAACAAGUUGAAGAAUUUAAUGGCAAGCCAUGAUGAGCAGAUUUCAGGUGAACUGUCAUCAAGAUCUUCUCGUCUAACAGAAUUCUCAAGAUCGAGUCAGAAUGAAGUUGAAAAAUUGAAAUCGUCUCUGUCCAGUAAACAGGAAAAAAUCUUACAAGAUGUUUGUAAAGCCCACGAUUCAAAUAUGUUGUCCAUUAAUCGUUUGAAGGAAGUUACGAAUACUGUUUCACAUAACCACGAAAAUCUAAAAGGGGAACUGGAAAAUUGUAUGAAUAAUGUAUGCAAGCGCGUUGAACAAUUUGCUGCUGAUGGUCUUGGUGCGGAUUUAUUGAAAAAAGCUUCAAUCUGGCAGUCGGCUAACGACAACCAUAGUGAUUAUAACUUAUUUGAUCAUACGACAAAAAUGAUACACAUCAUGAGUAAUAAUCUUUUUAGUUCUCUUCAAGAACCCACUCGCAUUCUUCUUGGCCUAGAAGGCGCAGGCAGUGAUCGUAGUAUUGAGUUCAGUGAAAGUUUCCAACUGAUUGGGACAAAUCUGUAUGUUAUGCCGAAUGAAAUGGAAGAUAUAUUGAAUAGGAGAUAUCGUAUUUAUGUUCCAACGGGGGAAACACCUCAAUCCCGAAAGUUUUCCUAUCCAACAGAAUUCGCUAAAACAGGCCCCUAUCACCGCAUAUUAAAAGCAUAUCGUUCCAAUAGGACAAUUGAAGAUAUUAAUAAUUUAGCUACAAUUCCUAUUCCAGACGAAGAUCUGUCAUUUGCUGCUGAUUGCAACGAGUCUACAUUUAUUGAAGAUCAGAUAACAACCCUUCAACCUGAGUUUAAUAAAGAUAACGGUGAUUGUAUCUCAGUUUCUACAAAUGGACCGGACUCUGGGAUUGUUUCUGAACCCAAUGCUGUAAAAGGAAAGACUGUCACUCAACAACUGCAAACCUCCAUACAUGAUAGUGAAAAGCCAACAAAAGUUGUUAAUUCGCUUGGCAAAUGUAAAAAUAACCCGAAAGUAUAUGGUAAGAAUCAACGCAUUAAACGGUGAAAUGCCUGGUGAUACGAAAACUCAUUUAUUUGCUUUCAAACUAAGCUUUUGAACGCGGUGUAUUUUACUCAUGUUUUAAUAUCCCUGUACAUUCUUUGAGUAUCUCCGUUACUAAUAAUUAUCGAUUUAUUUUAUAACAUUAAUUGUUUCAUUCAUAUAUAAUUUUCUGUCUUCAAUAAAAUUUGUUGAACUUAAGC